AGCAGACAGGCCAAGAUGUGCUGAAUUUCUGACUGCACCUCAGCUUGCAUCAUGGCUGGCUCCUUCUGAAAUAUUGCUUGUUGUCUUUUCUUUAGCAGGUACAUGAGCUGCCUGGUGAGCCUGACCAAAGAGCCUUCCCAGAGCUAAGGAAUGACUCUCUAGAUAAAAUGUGCUCCUCCUCCUCUCCCCAUUCCUCACCAGCUGUGCCAAGGCGAUUGCUGAGCAAUACCAGUUUCCACCUCUCUUCACCAGGACACAGCCCCGAGCUGGGAUCCCAGGACCCCUUCACUGGGGUGUAGGUAUUAGAGGCACCCUCUGGAAUGGAUGAGGCCGUGCAAACUUCAGAAACCAAUCAUUGGCACCUGGCACACUCUGGAAAGGAAUCCAUCUCUGUCACUCUGCACAGUGCCACCAACCUGCCAACCACCCGGAAGGGGAAUGUGCCAUGGCCCUAUGUCACUGUUAAAAGCAACUCUGAUGUUGAGAAGAAAUUGGAAGCCCAGGAGGUGACUCAUGUGUCCUCUGAGCCUACGCACUCUCCUACCUGGGAGGAGAAGGUGACCAUGGAAAUUGAUGCAGAAGAUGCAGGCCAUGAAGCUGUGAUCCUGACUGUGGCCGACAAAAUCACCAAGGAGGUGCUAAUGAGCUACAAGAUUCCGGUGAGGUACCUCCGAUCGUUCCACCACUACCACUUGAGACUGGUGCUGCCAAGGAAGAAGGACCCCUUAGGGACAAGUCUAUACGCUACGGUUGUUCGUAAAGGCAGCCUCAUCUCACGUUAUGUUGGAAUGAAUUACACCGGCUUGGAGGUUUUCCUCCAGGGAAUGAAGAAUCCUCUAGCAGAUCCCCAAGGUCCUAUUGUAGCCAUUGCCAGAGUGGUGAACAACUUUAAUGCAUACAGAGAAGCCAUGAAGACUCAACCGACUGCCUCUACUGCAGUUGAUUUAACCACCGUCACAUUUCCAGACCCCUCCAUGGUGGCUUUCGAUGUUCUCAGUCACCAACCAAGGAUAUCCCCAGGUAGGGGGGCAAUGUGUCUUUAAGAAUUCCUGCUCCUGCCAGAAUGGAGAAGGGAGCCAUGUGCUGCAGUAUAAAGAUAUUACCUGGAUUGUCUCACAGCAAGGAUGCUGCAUGGAGCUGGUGCCAAAGGUAGUGCUGCCUGGAGAUUAGAAAUGGAAUCAGUGCUAGUAAAGCAUUUGUUCCUCCUUUUUUUUUUUUCUUUUUCCUUGUCUCCCUUUGUCCCUAGCCUUUUUACUGUGUUGCAACCUAAUUCCUGCAUUUCGCCUUGACUGAGACUUGUCUGGCAGGAGCUGGAAUUAAGGCCUGGCUGGUGGAUAUGUGUAUUGCAGCCCUCCUUGCCAGAUGUCUAAAUACAUUUAUUUAAUAGCAUUAAUCACACAAGGAAGAAAACCAGAACUUUCAUCUGUCUCUUCCUUCCCCUUC